GUCAUUUGUUGUUGAGUGUUGUUGUGGUUUUCUGGUCCAGGCGCAAGUUGUGUGAUCUUGUCUACGUUCUCGGAAUUCGUUCAGUGGCAGCUUCUUCAGUCCUCAGGAUUCCAUAAUUUUGGCCGUUGGCGAUGCGCUCCGCCGUGGCCAGCAUGCUGCACUCCAAGUGCCGCAGCGCGAGCGCCUCGCCGUACACGCGCGCCCCCGCGGUGCUGCGCCUGGGCGUGCCCGACGACGCCGUGCCCUGGGCUAGCGCGUGGCCCCACUACGCGCCGCCGGACUUCACCGACCCCUGCGUGGUGGGCCGGCCCUGGGCCGACCCCGCCCUGGACGCGGAGGGCUUCUCGCCGGCCUGGAACGCGCUGGACGGCGGCGUGGACCGGCGCAGCCACGAGGGCGAGUACGCCGUGAGGGACGGCCGGCCGCUCAACCCCCGCGGCCGCACGGGGCUGGGCGGGCGCGGCGUGCUGGGCCGCUGGGGGCCGAACCACGCCGCCGACCCCAUCGUGACGCGCUGGCGGAGCACCGAGGCGGGCCGCGUGCUGCAGUUCGUGGCCAUCAGGCGCAGGGACUCGGGGGAGUGGGCGCUGCCCGGCGGCAUGGUGGACCCCGGCGAGGCCGUGUCCGCCACGCUGCGCCGCGAGUUCCUCGAGGAGGCCCUCAACGUGCUGCAGGACCCCGCCAAGGAGAAGCUCGUCGGGGACGUGUUCGCGUCCGGCGGCGAGGUGGUGUACCGCGGCUACGUGGACGACCCCCGGAACACGGACCACGCCUGGAUGGAGACCGUGGCCUCGCACUUCCACGACGAGCGGGGCGACGGGCUCGCCGCGCUGCCCCUGGAGGCCGGCGACGACGCCGUCGGCGUGCGCUGGACCGACCUCUCCGCCGGCCUCAAGCUGUACGCCAGCCACUCGCACUUCCUGGAGGCCGUGGCCAACAAGAUGGGCGUGCAGUGGUAGCACUUUGCUGUGUCUCUGUGGCCUGUGAAACGGUCCGCUCUGUAAAUAACGGUCGAAUGCAAACACGAAUAAACCGUCAGAGUAAACUGGAAGAAAUAUAUUUAUCCUGUAUCGUGCGUCGAUACGUCAAUAAAGCAUUCAUAGAGCUGUCAUUACAAGCAAAACAAUUCAGCCACCCUAACGCGUGGCUGUUCAGCGCACUGUACUACGACAAUUAUUUUAAUUUCAAAAGAAAAAUGGAUCCAAUGACAAAGCUGUAGCGUAGCGCUAAUAAUUAUGUCUGUCGGUAAAGUUGCAAUCGAUGUAUCACUCAACGCACUGCGUCUUGAAAAAGCUUCAGAAAAAUACAUUAAAAGAUCUGAGUAUAAAUUC